CUUACGCAAGCCGCGGCGGAUCGCAUCCAGGAAUUGUUGCGGGGCGAGAACGCGAAGGGUGCAAUUGGUAUUCGGCUCGGGACGAAGCGGCGUGGCUGCAACGGGUUGUCGUAUACGCUGAAUUACGCGCUGGAGAAACCCGAAAAGGAUGUAGCUAUGGAAUCGCACGGCGUCCAGGUCUUCAUCGAACCUAUGGCGCUGUUCAAUAUUGUUGGUACAGUCAUGGACUGGGAAGAAUCAGAGUUGAGUAGCGAGUUUACCUUCAACAACCCCAACAGUAAAGGAGAAUGCGGGUGUGGGGAAUCGUUCAAUGUAUAA